GGUUGAGUUGACGUAUCGAAAUGAUUGAUAUGUCAUUCGAUUGCUAAAAGUUGUGCGAACAAGUGUAAAAAAUGUCUAGCUCCGUAAAUAUGUGGAACCCGUCCUAAUUGUACAAGCGCGUAACGUGUGUUAUGAUGGUUCGUGCCGGCCAUACGAAUGCCGAAAUUCGGAAGGCGGUGAUGUGUUCGCUGAACAUCGUAAAAACAAUACGGUGGCCAAUGGGCGGCCGUACGUUUGGCAGCAGGAUGCUGCACCAUGCCAUACGGCCGUAAAAACACGCCAAUGGCUCACUGCCAAUUUCGACCGAUACACCAGCACCGACGUUUGGCCACCCAACUCCCCUGACCUUAAUCCUAUGGAUUAUUUUGUGUGGGGCACAGUUGAGCGGGACACCAACAGGGCGUCCUGCAAUACCAAAGCGGAGCUGGUGGCCAGAAUAAAGGCCGUGUUUGCGGCCAUCCCCAGAGACAUGGUUGUCCGGGCUUGCGCGCGGUUCCGGAAGCGGGUGCAGGCGGCCAUCGACACGGAGGGGGGUACUUCGAAUAAAAAAUGCGGCAAACAUGAAACUGUCAAAUUUAUUUCGAACACCCUGUAUAUGAGAUGUACGGCAACCUCACCAUGGCACAGCAUACCAAGUUUGCCAGGUUUCGUUGGACUGGCCAUGUUGUACGCAUGGAAACGGACGACCCAGCCCGUAAAGUCUUUUUAGGCCGUCCACAAAAACAGAGGUGGCGUGGUAGGCCAAAAUUGAGAUGGCAAGAUGGCGUGGAGGCGUCCGGUAUUAAGGCAGCGAUAACGGACUGGCAGACGAAAGCCAGAGACCGUGAGCAGUUUCAGACACUACUGAGGCAGGCCAAGUCCGCAAAGCGGUUGUAGCGCCGGUGUUGAGAAGCGUUACGAUUCGGAAGGAAAAUCAUUUGGUCAAACCUUUAUUACAAGGACCUUUAAAAAGAUCGCAUAAAAAAUAUUUUUUUUUGCUUCCCUUUUUUGGGACUUCCUUUUUGCUUCUGCCCUUUCCUCCUC